AUGUUGUCUCAGAUCAUCGUUCUCGAUGUCGCGCAGAUCACGCUGUCGUGCAGCCUCUUCGUUUGGGAGAUCUCCACGUCCCCCACCACGACCGCCACCACGAGCAUCGCCACACUAGGUCCCGGAGCUCCCGUCGGCGGAGCCGGAGAGCUCGUUUGCGAUGGAGAUGGAGCAGGAGACGUCGGCUUCGACAGAGCCGGGGCUGGAACCGAAGCCGGAGGGGAAGCAACUGGAGCCGGCGUAGGUGCAGCCGGUGGAGGAGGAGAUGGCACCGGAGGUGGCGGCGAGGCGGGAGGAGAAACUGCCGGCGGAGGUGACGCUGGCGGUGGUGUGCUAAGUGCUAACUGGAGUAGGAGCGGCGACGGGAGUAGCAGCAGGUGGCGGAAAUAG